AUGUGCUACUACAAAACCAACUUUUAUGAUCACUUUGAGAAAAGCCAAAUAUACAAAACAACUCACAAAUACUGUGGAAGAGACUGCUGCAGAUCCAAUAACCAGGUCACGUGUUGUACGAAGACCAAUGAGAAUGAAGACGAUAAUGAUAUAACAGGAGAUCCGGUGGGAUGGAUGACAUUCGGUGCUGUGUUUGGAUCCCUGAUAGGAGUUAUCUUUGGGUUGUCAGUAUGCAUUUUGGUCGGCUGUCAUAUAAAGAAACUGUGCUUUAGACCAAUAGCAAAACUAGAGCCGAAGAAAGGGAAACCGGAACAUCAUAGAGCAGCCAAGUACCUCGCUACACUCAACAAAGGGAAGGAGAAGGCUAACCAGAAAAAAAAGCAUCCACCACCUCGAAGGUCAAGGUUAGCCCGUCGCCACAACGAGGCUACAAACUUUGCAUUUGACGAAGCCGAAUAUGCUGAAGAAUUGGAUUUUACAGCCAGUCCGACGACGGAUUAUUUCUAUGACGAUAUUUCUGACGGACCGAGCCCCUCGCCAAUUCUUUACAAUAAUUUCGAAAAGGGUGGCAUGCGCAUCGUAGUGUCGCCAUCUUGUAUCGAUUUUCAUAAUCUCGGAGAUGAUGACGAGGUAUUUUGUGAAAAAAAGGAUCCGCAGAGGUCAGUCAGUAUCGAUUGUGGACAAGUCGAUCACACUGUCAACAGAAGGGAGUCUGUAGUAGGAAUAUCGGCGGACGCUAGCAUGCGACAUGCAAGUAUCUGUUGACAUAUACGUAACCUCUUUGGAUUUAUCGUAGGGAGUUACGGCUGGGGCUAUAAUCGUUCCCUCUCGGGAUUUACCAUAGAAAGUCAU